AUGAAUCAUGAAGUAACAUCAGAUGGAGAUUCAGAUGAUGAAAUCAAUGAACAAACAGAAGAUUCCAAUGUUUCAAACAAGAGUAGAUCUACAACUUCGAUUGAUCAAAAGAAACUACACCCUGCAAUGAAAUCAAUUGCAAAGUUAUACAAUCAAAAGAGUGUAAAUCAAAAAAGUGUAAAUACAAUGGAGAAAGUAUUAGUAAGCUUUUUAACGGUUGUAUUGGAUCAUUCUCAACAAAAAUCAAACAACAACACUUUACAGAUACAAGACAUACAGAGUGCGAUGAUUGAACUUGAUCUUGAGUUUCUAUUACCUAGUACCGGUAUAAAUCCAUCAAACAAGUUAUCUAAUCAACAAGAAGAUAAAGAAAUGAUAAAUGAUUAUUUAUAUGAAGAUUAA